AUGGCGACCACCGAUGAUGUGAACGAGACCAUUCCGGCGACGGAACUACCGGCAACGAUAGAGGCGGAGAAACAACCUCACAAGCUCGAAAGAAAGUGGAGUUUCUGGUUCGAUAACCAAUCCAAACCUGCCAAAGGCGCCGCCUGGGGAGCUUCCCUUAAAAAAGCCUUUACCUUCGACACCGUCGAAGAUUUCUGGGGUUUGCACGAUACUAUAUUCAAGCCUAGCAAAUUGACAGCGAAUGCUGAAAUUCACUUGUUUAAAGCUGGUGUUGAGCCAAAGUGGGAAGAUCCAGAGUGUGCUCAUGGAGGAAAGUGGACAUGGAUUGUUACCAAUAGGAAGAAAGCUCUAGACGAUGCUUGGCUUGAAACUUUGAUGGCUUUGAUUGGAGAGCAAUUUGAUGAGGCUGAUGAGAUAUGUGGUGUAGUUGCUAGUAUUCGACCUAAGCAAGACAAACUCUCCUUGUGGACUAGGACUAAAUCGAACGAAGCGGUUCUGAUGGGUAUUGGGAAGAAGUGGAAGGAAAUACUCGAUGUCACCGACAAGAUAACUUUUGCUAAUCAUGAUGAUUCUAGAAGAAGCCGGUUUACUAUCUGA